UAACUUGCAUUUCUCAGCAGCUGCUAAAUUUGCACUGGUCCUUCAGGUUUUGUUUCUUGAAUUAGGCUUCGAGAAUGGAAAUUCUUCGUCGCCGCUUACUAUUUUUAUGGAUCGCGACGAUUUUUUUGUUACAAAAAUCGAGCAAUGUCGAAGGAAGGCAUCACGUAACCAAGAAACACAAUAACAGAAAUGCAAGUAGAAGGUCCCCUGCUUAUGCUCCGAGCCCUAAAGGCCCUAUUUCUCGAUCUCCUAACUAUCCUCCCUCGGUUCCUUCGGACCCGAAUGAUCCCACAAAUUCGUGCAGAAACUGCAUUUUCGACGUGACAUCUCACGGGGCAGUGGGGGAUGGUGCGACGGAUGACACUGCUGCAUUCUCGGCCGCUUGGAAGGCGGCCUGUCAAGUGGAAUCAGGCAUCGUUUUGGCCCCGGCAGACCAUGCUUUCAUGAUCACUUCGACGAUUUUCUCCGGUCCUUGCAAGCCAGGACUUGUUUUUCAAGUGGACGGAGUCUUAAUGCCGCCAAAUGGCCCGGAUAACUGGCCAAAAUCCGAUAGUAACAAGCAAUGGCUAGUGUUUUAUCGACUCGAUCACAUGACUUUUACUGGUACUGGAACCAUUGAAGGUAACGGCAAAGACUGGUGGGAACUCCCUUGCAAACCUCACAGGGGUCCUAAUGGAUCAACAUUGCGUGGACCAUGUAACAGCCCUGCGCUUAUUCGUUUCUUUAUGAGCUCGAAUUUGGUCGUCUCUGGGUUGCGUAUCCAAAACAGUCCUCAGUUCCACAUGAAAUUCGAUGGCUGCGAAAGAGUACUCAUUGAUAAACUGUUGAUAUCUUCGCCAAAGCUGAGCCCUAACACAGACGGAAUUCACAUCGAAAACACAAAGGCUGUGGGAAUAUACAACUCAGUGAUAGGCAAUGGUAACAAAUAUCCGCACAACUUUUGGUCUUUAUUUUGAAAAAAUUAUGUUUUUGAAUAGUGAUUUUUGGAG